AUGAUUUCUAAACCUAGAUCAAUUAAGGGCCCUUGGACUCCCGAGGAGGACCGCCAGCUUCGGGCACUUGUAAACGAGUUGGGCGCUGAGAAGUGGGUUCUAAUUGCCAGCCGACUGGGCUCGCGCACCGGUAAACAGUGUCGUGAGAGAUGGCACAACCAUCUAGAUCCUACCAUUGACAAGUCUCCGUUCACCGCUAAGGAAGAUGAGCUAAUCUUUAAGCUGUUUGAGCAAUUUGGAUCGAAAUGGGCAGAAAUGUCCAAGCUUAUGCCUGGACGCCCGGAUAACGCAAUCAAGAAUCAUUUCAACACAUCUAUGCAACGUAAGCGUAGACGUCUCAGCUUACAGGACCCUUCAGGUAUGGAUAUAUUAUAA